AUGGGGAAAGACGACGCCGAGACCGUAGCCCUGAAGAAGGAAUUGGAGGACCUCAUCAACAAGUGCAAGGAAGAACAAAAAAAGCAGCAGGAUACAACGUUAGAGGAGGCGUGCAGCGGAGUCGCGGAUGCUCCGAAAGUUCGGCUGUCGACCAAGAAGUUGCUGAAGGGGCAUAUCAAUAAAGUCAACUCGGUGCACUUUAGCGGCGACAGUCGGCAUUGCGUGACCGGAUCGUUGGACGGAAAGCUGAUCAUCUGGGACUCGUGGACCGGCAACAAAGUGCAGGUCAUCCCGUUACGUUCGGCCUGGGUGAUGUCCGUGGCUUUCGCACCGUCCGGCAAUUUUGUUGCGUGCGGCGGCAUGGACAAUAUGUGCACCGUUUAUGAUGUGAACAAUCGCGACGCCACGGGGUCGGCCAAGAUUGUGAGGGAGUUACUGGGUUACGAGGGGUUCCUGUCGUCCUGCAGGUUCCUCGACGAUAACAAGAUCAUUACUGGAUCCGGUGACAUGAAAAUUUGCAUAUGGGACCUGGAGGCCAACAAGAAAACAGCAGACUUUGCGGCGCACGCGGGUGACGUGGUGAGCAUCAGUUUGUCCCCCGACGGCAAUACUUACGUCACCGGCUCGGUCGACAAAACUUGCAAACUGUGGGACUUGCGGGAAGAGAAAGCCAAGCAGACGUUCUUCGGCCACGACGCUGACGUGAAUUCGGUUUGCUAUCAUCCCUCCGGGCAAGGCUUCGUAACAGCGUCCGAAGACAAGACGGCGAGACUGUGGGACUUGAGAUCCGAUCAGCAGUUAGCCACGUUCAAGCCGCCAAACUCGAAUCCCGGAUUUACAUCAUGCGGCUUGUCCCUGAGUGGCAGAUUCAUAUUCUGCGGCAGUGACAAUAAUUACAUUCACAUAUGGGAUACAUUGAAAAACCAACACAACGGUGUCAUGUCGGGCCACGAGAAUAGAGUGACGUCGCUCAGCGUCACUGGAAACGGGAUGGCGAUUGCCAGCUGCUCCUGGGAUCAGUACGUUCGAAUUUGGGUGUAAACGCAGCACACGCGAAAACUAUCUGAAGUAAUCGAUAAGAAAACUGUAUAAAAUAAUAUGUUAUUAACAAUAGUAUAUACUGAUGUUGAAAGAUUGUUUCUUUUUCUGUACAAUUUGUAGCGCUGCCCUUAAUUAAAUUUUUAUCGAAAGCUGCUGCAUUCAGCACAUGAUUAUGGCAUAAUUGAGACUUUGCGAAACUCGCAAUUUACAUUCACUACCUAUAUAACCAAUAAGGUAUAUAACUUUCGUAUCGAUAUUAAUAUUAUCGAUCGAUCUAAAUCCUAAAAUCCCGUUGGAAAAUAAAUCUCCGUUUUAUCAAAAUAA